CUCUCUCCCAGAUGCCAGUGACCGUGGGCCCGUACGGGCAGUCGCAGCCCAGCUGCUUUGACAGAGUGAAGAUGGGGUUCAUGAUGGGCUUCGCAGUGGGCAUGGCAGCAGGAGCGCUGUUUGGCACGUUCUCCUGCCUCAGGAUUGGCAUGAGAGGAAGAGAGCUGAUGGGUGGAGUUGGCAAAACAAUGAUGCAAAGUGGCGGGACGUUUGGGACAUUCAUGGCUAUCGGUAUGGGAAUCCGCUGCUAACCUGGCGCUUGGGUGUUAUCCCGGAGUGCCCGGUCCAGCUGUUCCUCCUCUGUUCCAUAAUAAAUUCUUUCAAUACCUGGAAA